UCAAGACUACACACGCUAAGAUGGAGCUGGGCUGGUGUACAAAGACCUUCAGGUGCCUCUUCAUCUUCUUCAAUGUCAUAUUUGCUAUUGUCGGAAUAGCCACAAUAGGACUUGGCAUUUUUCUCAAAGUGAACCCCUUUAUUACUUACAUCACUCAAAUUAAGCUGGAUGGAAGUAGUACAUUUCUCGCCAACAGCGUCUGGAUCAUCAUUGGCAUUGGGGCCCUUGUGGUCUUUGUUGGCUUCUGUGGCUGUGUCGGAGCUGCUGCCAGGAACAAGUAUUUGCUAGGAAUGUACAUCGCCUUGUCCCUGACCAUCCCCAUCGUAAUACUGGUGUUCAUCAUAUCGGCAGCCAAGAUCUUUAAUCUGGAAAAGGAUAGAGACCAUUUCAGUAGCACCCUUAAAAACCGUUUGCAGAACAAGUACAGCGAGAAUGCUACCGAGUUCACCAAACCUUGGGACUAUGUUCAAAAACAGGAACUGUACAUGUAG